AUGGCAUCUGAUCCGGCAUCUCCUUACGAUGAAUAUUGCCGGCCUUCGUCUCAGUUCACAUACCGCCACCUUCAGCUCUUACGGUCUUUCUCGACCCGCACCCCGCUUCGAGUCAUAGCCCACAUUGACCUUGAUGCGUUCUAUGCGCAAUGUGAAAUGGUACGACUGAAUACCCCACGAGACCAACCUCUAGCUGUUCAGCAAUGGCAGUCUUUAAUUGCGGUGAACUAUCCUGCUCGUCCAUUUGGGGUCUCAAGGAUGAUUACCGCUGAAGAAGCUAAGAAGCUGUGUCCGCAAUUACUUACGCCUCAUGUUGCCACGUUUCGAGAAGGGGAAGGGGAGAAUUGGGCGUACAGAGAGGGAGGUUACUCCGUUCAAAAGGAUAAAGUCUCGUUAGAUCCAUAUCGUGCGGAGUCAAGAAAGAUUCUAGCAGUCAUGAAGGCAACGCUGCUAUCUUGUGCUGAAGGAAUUUAUGAAGGAUGCCGUGGGCAGUUUUCUGAACCUUCUGACAUGGUGCGGCUUGAAAGAGCUGGUAUUGACGAAGUCUUUGUAGAUCUUUCAGCACUGGUAUUUGGGACACUCUUGCAACGCUAUGAAGUGCUACGGUCGGCGGAAGCUGUUGAAUGCUCAACGGAUAGUCUAGGCGGGUUUCUUCCCAGGCCUGAGGCCACUGCGCUUGUAUGGGGAGAAGAUGAUGAAUUAAUCGACCUGGACACUGGCAAAUCUGAAGAAGAGGACCCAGAAUGGGAUGAUAUAGUCAUGCUGGUUGGUUCGGAAAUUGUAAAAUCUAUCCGGGCAGCGGUAUGGGACCAGCUCAAGUACACUUGUUCAGGUGGAAUUGCAAGAAACAAAAUGAUAGCUAAACUAGGAAGUGCGUGCAAUAAACCAAACCGACAGACCAUUGUUCGCAACCGUGCUAUUCAGCAGUUCUUGAGUGGCUAUAAAUUUACCAAAAUCCGCUCACUCGGAGGAAAACUGGGGAAAAGGGUGGCAUCGGAAUUCGAAACAGAGAAAAUAAGGGAUCUUCUCAACAUUCCUCUAGAUCGAUUAAAAAACAAACUAGACGACGACACUGGAACAUGGCUCUACCAGAUAAUCCGGGGAGAAGACGAUAGUGAAGUUACUCCUAGAACGGAAAUCAAGUCUAUGAUAUCGGCCAAAUCAUUUAACCCUAAACUGAACGCUCUGGACCAGGCAGAGAGGUGGAUGCGAAUUUUUGUCACUGAAAUAUAUGGGAGAUUAAUUGACGAAGGCGUCCUAGAAAACAAACGGCGCCCCAAAAUGAUUACCGUCCACCACCAUGGCUCAAACCAAGACAAGUCUCGUCAGACACAUAUUCCGCCUGGUGGAGUUAUCGACCAGACUAUGCUCUUUGAUCUAGCAAAGAACUUACUUCAGCAAGUCAUCAGCUGGCCCUGCUCUCAUCUAUCCUUAACGGUGAGCGGGUUUGAAACUGGGAUUACGGGGAAUAAAAGCCUGGAUAGUUUCUUUAUCCGUGGUGGUAGUGACAGUUCAGUCUCACGGCGCGACGGCAGUACACCGAAAAUAGAUUGCAGGGCGGAGCUCCCUGAUGACAACACGGCAUAUCAUCAAAGAAAGAAGCAAAGAGUCGGUGAGAAACAUCAAUCUAAUUCUUCAACGGCAGGUGGUUUCUUCUCAAGAUAUAAAGUGAGAUCUAGAGAACAACCCCCUAUAAAACAACCCCCUGAAACUUGCCCUGAAGAGGUGGCGGAAUCGCGAGCUGGUCUCCAAACGAAUCCAACUUUCUCACCUCCCGGCAUUUGCUCCCGCUGUGGAGAGACUGUGCCAGACUUUAUGCAAGUUGAACAUGAUGAUUGGCAUUUGGCAAAAGAUCUAGAAAGCCAGGAACAAAGGCCACUCAACGCUGUUCGGCCGCGGGGUGCCGUGAAAACGAGGCAAACUAGGCUGGCCUUUGGCUAA